AAGAAUAUGAAGACUCCGGCAUUGCCAAUCUGUCCUUUUGCGCUCCAAUACAUGCCAAUUGUUCAUAGCAUGUAUCGAGAACCAGUCUCAAAUGAUUGGUUUCUCAUCUGCACUCUUUUGUGUUUUUCCAUCGAUCACACCAUAUAGCUUCCACCCACUCAUCAUCUACAGACUACAUAUGUUGUAAUCUACAAUAGCUUUAGCUUCCUAUCGAGAUCAUCAUCAAUGGCGCCCAAUGAAGAAGAAGAAGACCCAACAAUCAUUAAGCUCGAAUCAGCACGUUCAUCUAUCAAAAUUCUACUUCAGAACUCGGCAGAGAUGGAAGAAAGCUUGGAAAGAAUGGACAAAGACUUUGAUCGAAUAGCCGAAUCUCUUUCAACAUCUUCAAGAAGAGUAGCUCCUUUACACUCUCUGUCAAUAACAACCAAAGCUCUUGAAACAAGAAUUAACAGAUCUGUCUCUCCUGCUCUUUCGCUUCUUGAUAACUUUAAGCUUUGCGAGUCCCUUCAAAGCAAGCUCCUCGACCUUUCCUCCAAAUUAUCCGCGGAGAAGAAACGAAAAAGAAGGCUCAAGAACUUGCUUAGCUAUGUUGAUUGUGUUGAUCAGUUAAACUCGGUCAUAGAAGUGAUUAGUCGAGAUGGUGAGCCGGUGACUCAGAGGCUUCAAGAGGUGGUGGAGUUCUUGAGCAGGACUAAAGCCACGGAUCAGUAUAACACUCACAGGUUGAGAGAGACUCUGGUCACUCUCAAAGCCCUCUAUGAGACAGAGGUUGAUGCCAUGAAAUUUGAUGGGUUGCUUGAUGAGGCAUUACUCAGUUUGCAAGAUGAGUAUGAAAGCAUAUUGCAGAAAUUGAGACAUCAAGAUACUACAGAUGAUUUCAAUGCUAAUUCUGAAGCUGAGAUGGCUGCUUCUGAUCUGGGUACGGAGUUGGAGGUUGCAGUUCUAAGAAAAAUCUCUGAAACUUUAGCUGCCAAUGAUUGUUUGGACAUUUGUAUUGAUAUCUACGUCAAGGUUAGAUACAGAAGAGCAGCAAAAGCACUAAUGCAACUAAACCCAGAUUAUCUGAGAACAUAUACCCCGGAAGAAAUCGAUGAAAUGGAGUGGGAAACCUUGGAGACAGCAAUAGGCUUCUGGGUUCAACACUUUGAGCUUGCAGUGAAAACAGUUUUAGUAUCAGAAAAGAAACUAAGCAAUCAAAUUCUAGGAGGAAUUUUUGACGGAGUUAUCUGGCCGGAAUGCUUUGUGAAGAUAGCUGACAAGAUAAUGGCAGUCUUUCUGAGAUUCGGAGAGGGUGUCGCGAGGAGCAGCAAAGAGCCUCAAAAGCUUUUCAAGCUCUUGGACAUGUUCACUUUGUUAGAGAAGCUUAAAACAGAAUUCACAGAGAUUUUUGAAGGCGAAGCUGGAGCGGAUAUUUGUACUAGAUUCAGAGAAUUAGAAAAACUUCUUGUCCACGCUUCAACUAAGGUGUUUUGGGAGUUUGGCCUCCAGAUUGAAGGCAAUUCAGAUGGUUUACCUUUGCCCGCAAAUGCUUCAGUCCCAAAACUUGUUAGAUAUGCCAUUAAUUUCCUCAAAUACCUUGCGACCGAGACUUACAGUGCAUCCAUGGCUAAAGUUCUCCAGACAGAACAAAUAUGGAAGGCCGGGAUCCUAUCGAAACCUGAAACAAGCGAAAGUUUACUCAAAGAUGCUGUCUUGAACAUCAUGGAAGCUCUUCAAAGAAAUGUAGAGGCAAAAAAAUCGCGUUACAAGGACAAAGUUCUGCCUCAUGUGUUUGCCAUGAACACAUACUGGUACAUAUACAUGAGAAGUAAAAACACAGAACUUGGGAGGUUAAUUGGAGAGCAAUAUAUGAAAAAGAAGUACAAAAUUGUUGCUGAAGAAGCAGCUUACAUGUAUCAAAGACAAGCUUGGGGACCACUGGUUGGAUUGCUUGACAAAGAAGAAAUGAAGAGAAGGAGCAUUUCCGCGGACAUUAAAGCUGUCGCAAGAGGGAACAUAGAGAGUUUUUUGAAGGAAUUGGAAGAGAUUUCAAAGAAACACAUAGAGUCUAUUAUCAUUCCUGAUGUGGAUUUGAGAGAUCAAAUCAAAGAAGCAACAACAAAGCUGGUGGUUUCAACUUAUACAGAGUUCUUGAACUAUUACUCAAAGAUACUACCAGUGAAAUCAUACACUAGUCCUGAAACAAUUCAAGAGUUCUUGGGUCAAAUCUUUAGUGGUGGUGAUAGAGUGGUUGAUGGGAGGUUGAGGCGCCUUGGAUCAAAGGAUCUUAUUCGUGGAGAGACCUCGGCGUCUAUGGAAAGAGACGUCAAGGCUUUUCGACGUACCAGAUCAAAUAGAUCAAAUACCAGUGAUCUGUAAGAGUUUUAUUUUCAGGUGACAUAGUACGUUGUUUGAAGUGAUUAACUAUUAUGGUCAAGAAUGUCUGUCCGUUUCUCAUUUGUUAGUGUGCAAGUCUUUAGAUCCAUUAGCGAUUUCUCUAACUCGGUUCAGAGACAUUUUUUUUUCCUGUAUGUAUGUUUCAAUUUCUCGUCCUUUUCUUCCCUUGCCAACCUGCAAUGAUUUCAAUG